AUGGCUUCAAAGAACUCAGCCUCUCUUGCCCUUUUCUUUGCCCUCAACAUCCUCUUUUUCACCUUUACUGGUGCAACUGAUUGUGGCUGCAGCCCAAGUCCUAAGCCCAAGCGGGUUCCAAGUCCUAACCCUAGGCCGCUAGUGCCAAGUCCUUCAGUCCCAAGUCCUAACCCUAGGCCGCUGGUCCCAAGUCCUUCGGUGCCAAGUCCAAAUCCUAGGCCACUGGUCCCAAGCCCUUCGGUCCCAAGUCCCAGUACCCCUGGCUCAUCUGGAAACUGUCCUAUAGAUGCCCUCAGACUCGGUGCAUGUGCAAACGUUCUAAGUGGUCUACUUAACGUGCAGUUGGGUCAGUCAUCAGCUCAACCAUGUUGCUCAGUCAUCCAAGGCUUGGUUGAUCUCGAGGCUGCGGUUUGUCUCUGCACUGCCCUUAGGGCUAACGUUCUAGGCAUCAACCUUAACGUUCCUAUAUCUCUCAGUGUUCUUCUCAACGUCUGUAACAAGAACCUUCCUUCCGGCUUCCAAUGCGCUUGA